AUGUACAACUGCAAAGAUGAGCACAUAGCCUCAGUUAGUCGUAAAGGAGAUCUUGUACUUCACAACCUUGCUUCUGGAAUAAAGGCUGCUGAGCUCAGGGAUCCUAAUGGACAGGUUUUAGGGGCACUUGAUUAUUCUGGGAUGAGCAGGCACCUUUUAGUUACGGCUGGUGAUGAUGGGUCUAUCCACCUGUGGGAUACAACUGGUCGCAAUCCAAAGGUUUCUUGGCUGAGGCAGCAUUCUGCGCCAACUUCUGGUGUUUGUUUUUCACCAUCAAAUGACAAGAUUAUUGCUAGCGUUGGUCUGGAUAUGAAGUUAUAUACUUUUGACUCAGGGUCUAGGAAGCCGUCUUCUUGCAUUCCUUAUGAAGCACCAUUUUCUUCACUGGCAUUCACUGAUGAUGGAUUAACCCUGGCAGCUGGUACCAGCACUGGUCAGGUUGCAUUUUAUGACGUUCGGGGGAAGCCACAACCAAUUACGGUUCUUCAUGCAUAUGGCAACUCUGAGGCAAUCACAAGUGAUGUUGGGGACUCAAUUCUCAUGCCUGACCCACUUCCUUCAAUGGCAUCAUCAAACUUUUCAAUGUCUACUGCAGUUUCUGGAUCUCAAAAUUCUAGUCAUUCAGGAGAAACAUCUCUUCGAAGCAGCUCGCUGACAAGUGGAUCACUGGGAAGAUUGCUUGCACCUCGUAGAUAUAACUUUAAGGAUGACAUGGAGAUAUUUUCUCCACUAUUGGAAGUUCAACCAAAUACUCAUUCAUUUGAUCAGAUGUGGGAUGGUAGAAGGGGUUCAAAGAAAGAUUUUGAUUACAACUCAUCUACUUCGUUCCCUUCUGGGAGUUUUACUCUUUCAGAGGAAGGUGGGCAUGAUAGCCGUCUAAUUUUUGACUGGAAAUCUUCUUCAACAACUAAGCAGGGGGACAUCCCUUCUACCUUCUCACAGUUGACAUCCACUCAGGCAUCUACGCUUGGUGACGUCUCUUCUUCCAUAACUCCGCCAGAGGCUUGGGGCAGCAAGCGAUUAUCAGACAAAUUGAUGCACUUCCGUCAAUCAGUUAACGUGUCUUCUCCUUUCCCGACAUUGACUUCGGGUAGUUUAUCGUCAGGAUCAAUGUUGUCUGGAUUACAAGAUAUUGCUCACCCUACAAGUACAACAGGCAUAACAGUGCCUCGUAAACUUGAUUCUCUUGGUCCACCUUUGUCCUUUCCUAGAAGAUUUUCCAGUUAUGCCGAGAGAAUAGGUGCUACAACAUCCUUCACUGAUCUUUCAAUGGGAUCACCCAAGACUAAUGAAACAGGAGCAGAAAUGUGGGAAGAAAUUUCGAAUAGCUUGUUGUCACGAUCCAAUGUGUCAUCUGGCUCAAGAAGUAGCGUUCUUCCAGCUCGAAAUGGUGGAGCGACGCAAGUGCAGGAAACUACGUUGCAUCCGGAUUCUAAACCGGAAAACUCAUUUACACUUCAGCUUUUCCAGCACACUCUUGAAGAAGUUCCAUAUGCAGGAGAUGGAAGCUUCAAGUGUCAUGAGAUUGAUCCUGGAAAAUCAGGCUGA